AGCCAGUCUGGUUGUGUCACAUUCCAAGAUUGGUCCACUGAUUGAACGGCAUCAAUCGAGGAGAUGGUGGGCUACAUUAAUAGAUCGAGGGAUAAGGUCCAUUGAGGAUGCAUUUCAUCGGGUGCAUGAUAUAAAAUCUACAUUGUUUUCAUCUAAUGAAAUGGGUUUGUUCGGUUCAGUUCAUUCAGAUAUCGUCUAUCUAACUUGCCACCUAGAAGUAGAACUCCCUCCCUUUUUGACAUCCCACCGGAGAGGGGGGCAUUAAAUGCAUUUCAUAACCUCUUUGAACACACUUACCUGCUUACUACUUACUGCCCGCUUCUACAAUCUCUACCGAGUUCCAGCAGUUUAAAUUGAACCAUGACCUUGAUUCUGCUUUAGAAUCUGAACCCUCUGUUUUUUCUUUUUUGGGUCCUUUCUCAGUUAUCAAUCUCGCCCCAUCAAUGGAGACACUAGAGCAAGGGUCCUUUCAACAGAACUCGAGGAGGUUUUCCACAAAGGCCAUACUCACCUUGGCUUAUCAGAGUCUUGGAGUAGUUUAUGGUGAUCUGAGUACCUCCCCUCUCUAUGUUUACAAGACCACCUUCUCUGGGAAGUUGAGCCUCCGUGAGAAUGAUGAGGAGGUGUAUGGGGUGCUUUCCUUUAUUUUCUGGACAUUCACUCUCAUCCCUCUCUUCAAGUAUAUCUUCAUUGUGAUGUCGGCUGAUGACAACGGUGAAGGUGGCACCUUUGCACUGUACUCAUUACUCUGCAGGCAUGCAAGGCUAAGCAUUCUCCCCAAUCAACAAGCGGUGGAUGAGAAGUUGUCCACAUAUCAGAAGGGAGCAUCAGAGGACACAAGGCAUAGUGCUAAGCUGAAGUUAUUUUUUGAGAAGUAUCCAAAAUCCCGUAAUGGGCUAUUGAUAUUUGUGCUACUGGGAACCUGUAUGGCAAUUGGUGAUGGGAUACUUACACCAGCAAUUUCAGUUCUAUCAGCAGUUUCGGGUGUUAAAAUUAAGAUUACUGAACUUCACGAGAGUUACGUUGUAAUUAUCUCAUGUGUCAUUUUAGUGGGGCUCUUUUCCCUUCAGCAUCAUGGAACACGCAGAGUUGCUUUCAUGUUUGCACCAAUUGUCACAGCUUGGCUUCUCUGUAUUAGUGGCAUUGGAAUAUACAACAUAGUCCGAUGGAAUCCAGGUGUAUUUCGUGCGAUUUCUCCAUCUUACAUGUUCAGGUUCCUUCGAAGUACAGGAGUUGAAGGUUGGGUGUCAUUGGGUGGAGUGGUCCUCUCCAUCACAGGUGCAGAGACAAUGUUUGCUGACUUGGGCCAUUUCUCUCCACUCUCAAUUAAGAUUGCUUUCACAUUUCUAGUAUAUCCCUGUUUGAUUCUUGCUUAUAUGGGUGAAGCUGCAUUUCUCUCAAGGCAUCAUGAAGAUAUUCAGAGAAGUUUCUAUAAAGCUAUACCGGAAGCUGUUUUCUGGCCAGUCUUCAUAGUGGCUACUUUUGCAGCAGUGGUGGGAAGUCAAGCUGUUAUAUCAGCUACUUUCUCUAUGAUAAGCCAGUGCUGUGCAUUGAAUUGCUUUCCCCGUGUGAAGAUCGUUCAUACUUCAAGUACGAUAUAUGGUCAAAUUUACAUCCCAGAGGUCAAUUGGAUUCUAAUGUGCCUCUGCUUAGCUGUUACAAUUGGAUUGAGAGACACAAACAUGAUGGGCCAUGCUUAUGGRCUUGCAGUCACAAUUGUUUUGUUUGUGACAACUUGUUUGACAUCAAUGGUGAUGAUAAUUGUCUGGAAGCAAAGAGUAACUACUGCAGUUGCAUUUCUAUUAUUCUUUGGAUCAAUUGAGGUUCUAUACAUCUCUGCAUCCCUCAUCAAGGUCCCAGAAGGUGGGUGGAUUCCACUUGUUCUGUCUAUGAUCUUCAUGGGCAUCAUGUAUAUCUGGAACUAUGGCACAUUGAAGAAACAUCAAUUUGAUGUGGAGAACAGGGUUUCAAUGAAGAGACUAGUGGCUUUAGGCCCUAGCCUUGGCAUGGUCCGAGUCCCAGGAAUUGGACUUGUGUACACUAAUUUGGUGACUGGGGUACCAGCCAUUUUUGGACACUUUGUGACAAACCUGCCUGCUUUCCAUCAGGUACUAGUUUUUGUGUGUGUGAAAUCUGUUCAAGUUCCCUAUGUUAAUGAAGGGGAACGGUUUCUCAUAGGGAGGGUGGGCCCAAAAGAGUACAGCAUGUUCAGGUGCAUUGUCAGGUACGGAUACAAGGAUCUACAACAAGAAAACUAUGAUUUUGAGAAUAGAUUGGUAUCUGGGAUUGUCCACUUUGUAGAAAUGGAAGAGGAAUGCAUGCUAGCUCGAACUAUGAAACCAUCAUCCGAGUUCAGUAUGUCAGAUAUUGAAGGCCUUGAUGUUCUGGGUCCUACGUUCACAUUUCCACAUCAGGAAGAAAAUAUGGUGCGGUCUUUAUCUGACAUCCAAGAAGUGAAGUCACAGGUUGGGCUUGUAGAGAGUUCCCAACUCAAGGACGAAUCUUUGCGUAUCCUUAAAGCUAGGGAAUCUGGGGUGGCUUAUGUUCUUGGGCACUCCUAUGCAAAAGCAAAGAAAUCAUCUUCCUUUAUCAAAAAAUUUGCAAUCAAUUUCAUUUAUGCUUUUUUAAGUAAGAAUUGUAGGGGACCUGAUGUUGUUCUGAACGUACCUCAUACCUCCUUGCUGGAAGUUGGUAUGGUCUACUAUGUUUAGCUUGUACAGAAAGAUCCAUGCUACUCUGGCAUAGAGUUCCAUCCUGACCCCAUCAAAAAGGACUAAAACCCCAAAAAACACUGCAAUUCAGAAUCAUUAGAACAGUGGCAAGAUUGGAUUCUCCAAUUUGAAAACUGUACCUUUUGCAUCAUUAAUUGAGGAAGACCUGAGCUUCCUACACAUUGCAGUUGAAAUCAAUGUUAUGAGGCCAAGGCUGUCUGUGACAUUGCGACUCCUGGGACCUGGAUAUAUGCUUGGUCAAGAUCAAAAGCCGCUGACAUUUAUCAUCGUUGAGCUUUGGAUCCGCAUAGCACCCUUUGAUUGUAUAGUUGUAAAAAUGAAAACUCAACAAUAUAUUGUUGUUUUAUAUACAGGUUUUCCUUUUGUAUAAAAGUGAGCAUCAUGCAAUGAAGUAUCUUCCUUAGAGAUA